UACAAGCUAUAGAUCUGAAACUUUGUAGUUAUGUAGUACUAAGCAUGUCCAAUAAUCUGCCAAAGUUUCAAAGAUUUUGCAUAUUGUUGAACGUGAGAACAAUAAAUUUUAAAAUCGUUUCAAAACUUCUGGAACACCCUUUAUAUUUUACGUAUUUAACAUUAUUUAAAGUAAAUUUUUUUCUAGAGGAUAAAAUAAUUCUAUCAACGAAUUAUUCAAUUGUAUAUUAAAUAAUGAAAUAUUUUCAUUUUGUCUUAUUAUGGUUUGAUAAUUAGUUGUAUUCUAUCGACAUUAUCAAUUCGAUUUGGAACAUAUAAUAUUCAAUCAGGUAGUCAUUUUGCACAUGUUUAUAAUUUAACAGAAACUGCUGAAACUAUUAAUCAACUUGAUGUUGAUAUUAUUGCUUUACAAGAAGUUGAUAAUUUUACAGACCGUCAUCUAAUCGAUCAAACAUUAUACAUUGCUCAAUAUAAUAAAAUACAAUCGUUUGAAUAUUUUCAUUUCGAAAAAAUGAGAAAUUUUCAAAAUGGUGGUUAUGGAAUAUCAAUAUUAUCAAAGCAAACAUCAAUAAAACGUUUAUUUACAUAUCAUUAUAAUAAUACAACAGCUGAACAAUGUGUAAUACCAAAAGAAGGCGAUUAUUGUCAAGGUUUUAUAUUGAUUGAAAUUCCAUUUAAAUAUCAAGAUAAUAUUGAUUUAUCUAUUUAUUUUGGUACAACUCAUUUAGGUAUUGGUUUAAAUGGUUUACAACAAUUCAAUGAAGUUAAACAAAUAGUUCAAUGGAUGUCUGAUAAUAUAAUAAAUAUUAAUUCUUCCAAUAUGAAUGGUUAUACAUUUGAAUCAUUACGUCCAUCUAAACGAAUUAAUUAUAUAUUUAUGUUGAAAAGUCAAAACUUUCCUGAACAAAUAAAAUUCAAUUGUAAAAUUCAAGUCGUUCCAACAUUAUCAUCAGAUCACAGACCAGUUGUAUUAAAUUUUAAUUUAUUGUAA